UUCACUACUUUUUUUGGCAAAACACAAAAAAAAACAAAAAAAUGUUUAGUAGAGGGGAUUUGAUCGAAGUGUGCAGCAAGGAAACUGGGUUCGUGGGCUCUUACUAUGCAGCCACGGUAGUAUCUCAGUUGAGAAAAGACUUGUUCGUGGUGCAGUACAAGGAUCUCGUAGAAGGGGUUAUCAACAUGCAACCUUUAGUGGAGACUGUCCGACUCAACGAGCUCCGACCGGUGCCGCCCCAGAUUGAUAGUAACGAUGAUGAGUUUGGGUAUAUUGACCAGGUCGAUGCCUUCGACAACGAUGGUUGGUGGGUGGGAAGGGUUUAUGGGAGAACAGACGACGGUAAUUACGUUGUCUACUUCGAAACCACCGGCGAUGAGAUUGCUUAUCCUCGUUCUCGCUUGAGGGUUCAUCUUGAUUGGGUCAAGAGAAAGUGGGUUUCUCGCAACAAUAACAAGGGAAGGCCGCGAUCGGCGGAGCGUGGACGAGGAUCGGAAGGGAAGAAACGCCGGAGAUUGAAUACAAGCAAAAGCAACAAUGUUGAUUCGUAGUAGUGUCAUAUUUUGAUGGUGCAUAUAUAUAGUUGAUAAUAGGGAGAGAGUCUGAUAUAUUUUAGAAAUUAGUGGAUUUUUUCAUUUGAUUCGUCAGUCUAUAUUACGUAAAUCUAAUGUUUUUUUUUGUCACGAAUUCUCUUAUUAUUUGUUUCUUUCUUGGACAUGGAAAAAUUGAAAAA